AUGGCUUCCGCAACAACAUUCUAUGACUUCAAGGUUCUUGACAAGACCGAAAAGGAAUUGCCGCUCUCCCAGUUCGAGAACAAGGUCGUUCUCGUCGUCAACACCGCCUCCAAGUGCGGCUUCACGCCACAGUACGCCGGCCUGGAAAAGCUAUGGAAGUCGGUGAGCGAGAAGCACCCAGAUGACUUCGCCAUUCUCGGCUUCCCCUGCAACCAGUUCGGCGGCCAAGAGCCUGGCUCCAACGAGGAGAUCCAGGGCUUCUGCCAGCUCAACUAUGGCGUGACCUUCCCCAUUCUGGCCAAGAUCGAUGUCAACGGCGGGAAUGCUAGCCCACUGUAUGAGUGGCUCAAGAGCGAAAAGCCUGGGCUGCUCGGGCUGAAGCGGAUUAAGUGGAACUUUGAGAAGUUUUUGAUUGGUAAGGAUGGGCAGGUCAAGGAACGGUGGGCGUCAACGACGAAGCCGGAGUCGCUAGAGCAGACGAUUUUGCAAGAGCUGGCGAAGGGGGCGCCUGCGAAGAAGAGCGACGGCGCAGAGGAGUGA